AUGUGCUGGAGGUUCUUGUUAACGCUGUUGUGUGUUGUUUCAGAUGAGAGCGGUGAUUCAUGUUGUGAUGGAGAAACGGCCUCUACAUCAAAACAGCGACUGACAGCACAAACUCUUUCCUGCAUCACCUGUGGAAAGACAUUCAGUUCACAGAGACGUUUAGAGACACAUGAGAGAAAACACACAGAACAGAAACUCUUCACCUGCACCAGAUGUGACAUCAGCUUUCCUACCUUACAAGAGAAGAAACUUCAUUCACAAGAGCACAGAGACCAGAAACACUUUCACUGUCAGCAGUGUGGGAGAGCUUGUGUCUCGUCUUCUAGUCUGAACGCUCACAUGAGGACACACACUGGAGAAAAACCUUUCCACUGCAGUGAAUGUGACAAAUAUUUCAAAACCAAAAGAACUCUUUCUACUCAUCGGAGUAUCCACACGAGAAAAAAUAUAUACGCGUGUCCUCACUGUGAGAAGAGAUUCAGUCUAAAGGCCUAUCUGAACAAACACGUGUAUCUACACACCAAUGAGAGACCGUAUCAGUGCAGUGAAUGUGGAAAAGGCUUCAGGGAUUCAAGUUGUUUAAGACGACACCAAAAAAUACACUCUGAGAAACUCUAUCAGUGUUCACACUGUGAUAAACGCGUCCAUUAUAAAGCUAAUCUGAUAACUCAUGAGAGAUUUCACACUGGAGAGAGACCUUACCUCUGCUCUCACUGUGGAAAGAGCUUUUAUGAUCCUUGUCAUUUCAAAGCUCAUCAGAGAACUCACACUGGAGAGAAACCUUACCACUGCUCUCAAUGUGGAAAGAGCUUUACUCGGUCAGGUUCUUUAAAAGAUCAUCAGAGAAUUCACACUGGAGAGAAACCUCAUCACUGCAGUGUUUGUGGGAAGAGUUUCAGUCGACGUGACAUUUUAGUGACCCACCAGAGAACUCACACAGGAGAAAGACCUUACAAAUGUUCUCAGUGUGACAAGACGUUUACUCAAAGAGUUCUCAUGAGAAUCCAUCAGAGAGUUCACACUGGAGAGAAACCUGCCACUGAUGUGUUGUGUGUUUGUCAGAUUGUGGUAAAGGUCGAGUCAAACCCCACAGACGCUCAGGACACUGUGUGUGACAGUAAUCACACCUUGAAUCAGGAUGAAUCUACUGAUCAAACCUCCACAGAGUCUCUGGAUUCUGUCUGUAACGCUGGAGAACAGCAGAUCCUGAACACCAGACCACUCAACAUGUGUUCUGUCACACUGAUGGAGAUCAAAACAGAACCCACGUCAGAGGAAGAUCUGACUUUUAUUCCUUCAGAUGAGAGUGGUGAUUCAUGUUGUGAUGGAGAAACGGCCUCUACAUCAAAACAGCGACUGACAGCACAAACUCUUUCCUGCAUCACCUGUGGAAAGACAUUCAGUUCACAGAGACGUUUAGAGACACAUGAGAGAAAACACACAGAACAGAAACUCUUCACCUGCACCAGAUGUGACAUCAGCUUUCCUACCUUACAAGAGAAGAAACUUCAUUCACAAGAGCACAGAGACCAGAAACACUUUCACUGUCAGCCGUGUGGGAAGAACUUUCUCUACUCGACUAAUCUGAAACGUCACAUGAGGACACACGGUGACGUAAAACCUUUCCACUGCAGUCAGUGUGGCAAAUGUUUCAGCCGCAAAGAACAUCUUGUUGCUCAUCAGAGAAUUCACACGGGAGAAAAACCGUACGCGUGUCCUCACUGUGAGAAGAGAUUCAGUCUAAAGGCCUAUCUGAACAAACACGUGUAUCUACACACCAGUGAGAGACCGUAUCAGUGCAGUGAAUGUGGAAAAGGCUUCAGGGAUUCAGGUUGUCUAAAGUCACACCAGAGAACUCACUCUGAGGAGAAACUCUAUCAGUGUUCACACUGUGAUAAACGCGUCCGUUAUAAAUCUAAUCUGACGCUGCAUGAGAGAACUCACACUGGAGAGAAACCUUACCUCUGCUCUCAGUGUGGAAAGAGAUUUACUGAUCAUAGUACUUUUAAACAUCAUCAGAGAAUUCACACUGGAGAGAAACCUCAUCACUGCAGUGUUUGUGGGAAGAGUUUCAGUCGACAAUACGUUUUAUUAAAACACAUGCGAAUUCACAAUGGUGAAAGACCUUACAAAGAGUUCUCCUGAGAACCCACGAGAGAGUUCACACUGGAGAGAAACCUUAUCACUGCUCCAUCUGUGGAGAGAGAUUCGCUCAGUUAGGACGUUUACAGACUCAUCAGAAGAAACAUGCUGAAGAACAAACUGCACUGGAAUCAUCUUAGAAUCUCUACGAGGCUCAGUAAUCCAGAGAUGUUACCGUCUCAAAAGUGAUGUCAAACUUUGGACAGUUGACAUUCUUGAAGAUUGACGUUCAUGUUACAUGCGUACAGACAUCGCUCAGGAGAAUGACAACAAAAUAUUAUCACAAUAGAGCACAAUUAAUAAAGGUCCGGUUGAACGCUCAGUUUCUGCCUUUCUCAUAUUAAUCUUGAGUACCUAUAGAGUAGUAUUGCAUACUUCAUAUCUUCAAAGAGGCUUUAGUUUAGGGUUGCAACUAACGAUUAUUUUGAAAAUCGAUUAGUUGGACGAUUAUUUUUCCGAUUAAUCGGAUAUAAAUGUAAUUACAUCUUUUGCUUAUAAUAAGUAAAUCAGAUAUGGGAAAAGUAUACACAACUGAACUCAUUAGCCUUCUCCCAAAAUGUUGUGAAUGUCUCCAUAAUAAACACACCUGGUGAGUUGAUUCACGUGUGUCAUAUUAGAAGCAUCUGACAAUAGUCUCUCCCAAACGUGGGAGCGAGGGGAGGGUCGGCCAAGGAAAUCAUUUUUUGUGCCAUGAAAAGUGAGAUAUUUGUCAUUCAAAUGCAGUAAAAAGUAAACAGAAAAAGUAAUACUUCAGUACAGAUACUCAAAGUGUACUUAAGUACAGUUCUCAAGUAAAUGUACUUCGUUACCCACCUCUGAACUAAAUAAACCACCAAAUCAGGGUAUUUAGCCUAUUAUGUACUUUGCAAAGUGCAAACGCCUCAAAUUGGGUUUUACUAAUGGGAUACUUGUCUAUCCCAUGAGCCCACAGGACAGGAUAAGUUCAUACAGGAGCAUGGCGGAGAACGGCGAGGCAGGUGUUUUCAAAAGUGAGUAUUACUAGCCAACAACGCGUUUCUUUGCGUUGCAGUCGCACACACGCGUCUUCCAAGUAGACUUAGUUACAUAUUAAAACCAUAUGCUUGUAAAAGAUGAUUUUUAAUGUCUGUGUAACAUGUGACCUGUCAUUUUCUCGAUAAAGUAUUGCAAAUGAGCACGUCACAAUAUGAAAUACACAUCACAGUAAUGUAGCUUAACGUCUGUUAAUAUGUGGUACAAAGCAUUGUUCACUGAUGCAUAGAUACAUGAUACAAGUCAUGUAAAUAAACAUAUUUACUUAAGUCACUAAACAUAAUGUGUAUAUUUUAUUUCUCCAUUUGUACUGUUGAUGAAUUCAGGAAAAUGUGAGUUGAAUGAACAGCGAGUUAACACAUGAACAACUACCUGCACAUGUACAUGCAGUAUUGAGCACAGGUCACAGAGGUCACUUGGAUCUCGUGUGCUCAUCUGUCCCUGUAACAGUCAAACUUGUUAAAGUCGAAGGUGGCGACGGUGGUCAGCUGUGAGAUGGCAGUAGGGUGUGGGUUUCA